AUGAGUCUAGAUUCCGACGGAAAAUUAUCCAAGAAAUUAAAAACAUGCCUUCUGAAUACUUGUCAUAUGAAAACUUUAAAAAAAAGAUUACCUAUCAUUAAAUGGCUACCAAAAUAUAAACUUGAAUAUAUUUUGCAAGAUUGUAUAGCAGGAAUCACAGUGGCACUGACCGCCAUACCUCAAGGAAUUGCAUACGCAGUCCUCGCUGGUCUACCACCUGAAUACGGAUUAUACGCAUCCCUGACUUCUGGAAUAGUCUACGUCAUAUUCGGAAGCUGCUAUAAUGUCACUGUGGGACCUACUGCCAUCCUCGCUUCGAUGACCGCCAGAUAUGUUGCCGAUUACUCAGCUGACUUUGCAAUUCUCGCCGCUUUCUUAGCAGGAGUAGUCAUAUUACUUCUUGGCAUUUUAAACCUCGGAUUUCUAGUGGAGUUCAUAUCUGUGCCAGUGAUAAGUGGAUUUACAAAUGCUGCUGCUCUUCAAAUUGCUGCAUCGCAAUUAAAGCCCUUCUUUGGAUUGGAUGGAUCAUCAGGCAACUAUUUUGCCGAGUCUAUUUAUUAUUUCUUUUUCAAUAUAAAAACUGUGAAGCUUUGGGAGCCUAUACUGGCUACAUGUACCAUAAUUAUGUUAACAUUAUUAAAACGGUUAGGAGAAGAUUGUAACCGUGCGGAUGGAUUCAUUAGACAAGCGAGAUGGUUCAUAUCGUUGUCAAGGAACGCUGUUGUUGUUAUAAUGGGUAUGGUCAUCGCAUAUGCUUUGAAAUUCAUAUACAAUUCAGAACCAUUAAUUUUAAUUGGUGACAUCGGAAAAGGUUUACCAGAAUUUACUUGGCCGCCAUUCAGCACUACAGCUGGUAAUCAAACUUUGAACUUCAUUGAAAUGGUGGGUAUUUUAGGAGCUCAAGCUGUUGUGAUACCAUUUGUAGCGAUUCUAGAAACUGUAGCAAUCGCGAAGGCUUUUGCUGAAGGUGGACGAAUUGAUGCUACCCAAGAGUUGAUUGCUGUUGGACUCUGUAAUAUUGUUGGGUCUUUUGGACAAAGUAUGCCUAUAACAGGUUCCUUUGCAAGAACAGCUUUGAACCACAUUUCUGGUGUGAAGACCCCAGCUGGUGGAGUCACUAAAGUAUUACUUCUUGUUGUUGCUUUAACGUAUUUGACAUCUACAUUCUAUUACAUACCUAAAUCAUCACUAGCUGCUCUUAUUAUCACUACUUUAUUUCACAUGACAGACUUUAAAAUUUUUACGAGUUUGUGGAAAGCUAGUAAAAAGGAACUUUUAGUAUUAAUAACAACUAUGGUUAUGUGCUUAUUUUUUGGGCUCGAAUAUGGUAUUAUUACGGGAAUCGUCUCCGAUGCUUUGUUGCUAUUGUACGAUGUGGCGAGACCCUUUAUCGAGGUACAAAUAAUAAACUGUGACAAAGGCAAUUUUAUAAUUGUUAAUUUAACUGAGAAUAUAGCUUAUUGUGCAGUUGAACAUGUCUGUAAGACGGUUGUCAAAGCUGCUUCAAAGACAGGAUCUGCCGUGACUGUAGUAUUAAAUGGGGGUAGUUUGAAGAAGCUAGAUUUUACUGCUGCCUCUAAUUUAAUGUCCACUGUUAAAGACUUGGAUAGAACAAAUCCAUUGGUGCUGUUAAAUUUCAACAGAGCCUUAAAGAAGCUAUGUGUAAAUAUUGAUCUAGUUUCAGAGUCUAAGUUUAUUUAUACGUCUAGCCUACAGGAGUUAAUAAACUAA